AUGGGGCCAUCCUCGUCCGGUUCGUCGGCAUCCAGUUCUAAUGGAACAAGCUCAAACCCUAAUUCUCUGCUUGAGACAGGGUUACUAUUGGCAAAUUUACAAAAGGCAAAUCCUCUUCUUGUGGCGAGUAUUUUAUCUUCCUCUGGUUUAGCAAAAGCAUCCAUACCUGGCUUAACACAGCUCCUCGGAACGCUCACAGAGCAACCACCAGUAGCCCCUAAGAAAACCCAACGUCGGAGAUCAAACAUCCAAAACCAACCGACCGUUCAACAUCAACAACCACCACAAACCGUUCAGCAAAUUACCCCUCCUCAGAUUCCUCCUCAGUUCCAGACGCCACCAAAAUCAUCACCGUCGCCAUCCUCACAUCAUCCAGCACCAUCAGAUUCUCCAUCUUCACAUCCACUCAGUCAACAGAUCAAACUUCUUCAGCAAGUGCAGAUGCAGCAACAGCAGAAAUUACUACUCGAACAGCAACAGAAGGCUGCCGUUGAACAGCAACAAAAGGCUGCCGCACAAGCCCAGGAGCAAAGGCGCAUUCAGGAGCAAAAACAGAAACAACUUCAAAUGCUACAGCAAUUACAAGCUCAGAAGCAGGCUCAAGCCACCAUAGCUCGGGCUUCAUCACCAACAGUGGCUACUACACGCAUACCAAUACCGCCAAAUCCGGCAUCAUCGUCGUCUACGCCGCAAUCAACCUCUUCUGCCGGAGGAUUCCCAUUCGAUCCUCUCUAUCUUUCGGCCAUCUAUGCGAAUCCCAGUCUGUAUCUUCAGGCUUUAAGUCCAGAGCAGCUGUUGCAAUUUUACAAAAACCUUCCAAAUGUUGCCGGUAUGCCACCGAGUAGCAAGAGCUAG